CUUGAAUACAACAUGCACAAAAUUGAGAGUGCGAGCAAUAAAUGUGCGGCAGCAUGGGGUGUUAUUAGGUCACAAUCAGCUACCCCGAAAUCUACAGGCACUCUGGUGGAUCCUGAUGUGUUCAACUCCCAUUUCAUUGACUCGGUCCAGGUGGCUAGAGAUGGUAUUGGAGCCUCUGAAGCAUCUCCUCAAGAACUUCUUCACCCUGCACCAACUGCGGCUGGCUGUCUGCGCACAUGGAGACUGGUGGACCCGGACCAUGUGGCGAAAGUUGUUGGAAAUAUGAAGAACACCUCGAAGGCACGGAACCAGUCUCAAAAAACCUUCCAAACAAGUGUGAGAAACCUGUUGCUGGCACACCGAUUGUUCUCAGUCCAGGAGUUUUAUAAAAUCCCAAACCACUACAUCAUGCAUCAGAGAUGUCCAUUGAUUACAACAAUGAGUCUAGAGAUGCUGUGGUAG